GAGGACGACGACGACGACGAUGACAGCGAGGAAGAUGGCGAGCAAGAUACUGAACCUCCCUUCUCUUUCGUUGACGGUUGGCCAGACAGCGCGUCAGGCAGCAAGUUGCAGGACGACUUCCAACGUCGCCGGGAGAAUCGCAACGAGCUGGUCGAAGCAUUACGACGUUAUGGGAUGUGGCUUUUGGCGGCGAUUGUCUUGCUGCCUCCGCAACUAGUUGCAUUGGGCUUGGUCAUGACGGCAUUUGUAUACUUGUGCAUGAGACGAGACGGCCGGCAGCGUCGUCACGGCAGACGCAACACCGCAGGAUAG